UAAGGAAGGAGGGAAAGGGAGAGUGAGAGGGAGCCACAACAAUGGCAACAGCUUCUUCGCCCUCACUCUCAUGGAGCUCCUCCUCCCGUUCAUGGCCGACCUUCCACGAUCGGUCAUCCAUGCCGAUGAUUGUUGCCCAGAAGAAGGCCAAGAAGACCCGCAAGAUUAUACUGAAAGAGGACGUCUCCGAGCUUGGGAAGAAGGGGCAGCUUCUUGAGGUGAAGGCUGGCUUCUUCCGCAACUAUCUCUUCCCACUUGGCAAGGCCCAACUCGUCACCCCCCUUCUCCUCAAGGAAAUGAGGGUUGAAGAGGAGAGAAUUGAGGCUGAGAAAAAGAGGGUGAGAGAAGAGGCUGAGCAGCUUGCUUUGCUUUUCCAAACUGUUGGAGCAUUCAAGGUGAAACGCAAAGGUGGAAAAGGAAAACUAAUCUUCGGAACUGUUACUGCACAAGAUCUUGUUGAUAUAAUCAAGGCACAAUUGCAAAGGGAUGUCGAUAAGAGAAUUAUUUCACUCCCAGAGAUUCGUGAAACAGGAGAAUAUAUAGCAGAGCUUAAGCUUCACCCUGAAGUCACUGCCCAAGUGAGACUCAAUGUAUAUGCUAACUAGUUCAACCAUUUUGUUUGUAAGUAAACCAUUCCAUCCGGUCACAAAACAAUGCAUUAUUUUCUGUUUAUCUUCGUUCAAGAGAAUGAUUUUUCAAUGCAGACCCACUUGACAUAGUUCAAAC